CAAUUUCUUCUCAUUUUCCCUUUCUUCUUCUUCUUCUCCGUUAGAUCUUGUUUCUGCAACUCCACCUUUUUUUAUUCUCACAGAAACGAACACCACCGUUUGAUCCAGCUCUCUCACUCUCAGAAACUGGUAUAUGGGUUGCAGAAACAGGGAGUUUUCGGAGGAUGAGACUUGCUCUUCCACGCUCAGCGAGGCCCUGCUCUUUGCCACCAUGUGCCUCAUUGGCCUGCCCGUUGAGGUUCACAUCAAGGAUGGCUCCGUCUAUUCCGGCAUCUUCCACACCGCAUGUGUCGAGAAUGAAUAUGGCGUCGUUCUGAAGAAAGCAAGGAUGACAAAAAAGGGUAAAAGGAAUGUGAAUGUUGAUGAUGGAGUUGUAAUUGAUACUCUUAUCGUUCUUUCUGGUGAUCUUGUCCAAGUUGUUGCGACGGAAGUUCUACUUCCGGCUGGUAGUUUUUCCAAAAGUUUGGCUGUUUGUGAUAACGAAUCCAUGGUCAAUGAUCCCACUUCGUUGCUUCCAGCGACAGAGACUAAGACAUGUAUGGAGUCGUUCAAGGAGGGGAGUCAGAUUAAUCAAACAAGUGACCUGGUCCAAGAUCAAAAUGGGUUUGCUCAUGGUUCACUGCCUACUGUUACUGGGAAGCAAAGUGAUGUUAGACAACUAUUGGGAGACAAUGUUGAGAACAACAAGGGAGAUGCACAGCAGAAAAAGGAAGGGUCAAAUUGCAAAAAGCCUGAAGGUGUCACUGAUGCUGCAAUCAAUUGGAGACGGGACCCAGAUAACCAAUUGAAAAAGGAGCAGGAUGAUCAUGGUCAGGAAUUUGACUUGCAUAAAGGAGCCAAUGGUGAUCGAGUUCAAUCCUCUAUAUUGAGUGAGAAACCAUGCACUGAAAGAUCCAUCUCAGCCAACACUACGAAUGCAUAUUCAGUUGGUGUCUCAACUUCUUCUCGUUCGUCAGUGGAUAGUAGCAUGGACUCAUGUCGCAGUUCUAUAACGUCAACGAUUGACAUGGCCCCUUCUCACGGUUCAGAAUCCAAUAAAAGUGGCAAGGAAUUUAAGCUUAAUCCAAGAGCCAAACUCUUCUCUCCGUCCAAUGCAAAUAUUAUGCCAGCAAAUCAUGCAACUCCUGUGGCUGCAAACCUGGCUUACAUUUCAAACAACUCACCACCAGUUGUACCUUCGGCUGUUAUUCAACCAGAGUUAGAUUUCAGUCCUUUUGUACCUCGUUCAUCUGUGCCUGCCGCCAAGUUUGUCCCAUAUGGCAACUCAUUAGCUGGAUUUGAUGGCAAUGUUGCUCAAUUUUCUCAACCCAUGGUGGGACAUGUGGGCACCAGGACACAGCCACUUAGAUAUGUUGGUCAGUAUCCUCUCCAGGCUGGCCCGACCUUUGGGCCCCAAAAUUCUUCAGCAGUUAUGGUCAGUCGUUUUGGGCAACUUGUUUAUAUGCAGCCAGUCUCCCAUGACUUGGCUCAAGGUGCAACAGUCGUCUCACCGGUACCACCUUGCCCUUUGUUGACAACACAGCCCGCGCAAUAUCCAAAACAUCAAGGCACUGCAGCAGCACAAGCAUUGCAGUUUUGCGUUCCUCCGCCAUUUAUGGCCAGUGGCCACCAACCGCUUGCCGCAGUUCCAAACCACAUUCCAAUUUUGCAGCCCUCCUCCUUCCCACUCAACCGCCCAAUGCCAAUGCCAGGAACUAAUGCAUUCUUCACCACCAAGUUCUAAUGAAUUUGUUUCUACUGUUAAUUUUUCAUGUAGUCAACCACAGCUUGGCAAAAUUUUGGUCCUCUGAAAGUUUUUUCCUAUUUUGAUUUAAUUAUUAGCAUUUAUCUUUUUAUCGGAGGGGGGAUGCACUGUUUCCAUUCAAAUCAGGACAUUUUACCAUUGAUUGGUGGAUAGAGUCUGUUGAACUCUGUAUAGGUUGAAUUAAAAUUUGUUUAGGAUCAGCAUUAUUUCUUUCUUGUGAGGGGAACUCCGAGUCUUUCUCAUUCAUGAGUUGGUUUCAAAUUAUAAAAGUUGUUUGGAAAAAAGCAAGGCAAGAUAGUCUUGUUAUUUUA